AACCGCAAAUGCUGGGAGGAGAUACUUGUUUUGUAUUUACAGAGCUUCUGUGUGUGGUUUUAUUGUCGUCAUUAGCGGACUGUCGGACUGUAGAGUUAUGGCUUGAAGCCAGCGUCGGGGUCUUUUGUCACUUUUUUGAAGUUUUAUUCGAUUAUGAAUAGAUCUUUGAGUUUACGUUUAUCCAGAAGACAUGGCAUUCAUCUGUACAGCUAUGCAGUCGAUGCUGGAACGCUUCCAGGAAAGGUUAAGAAGGGGAGGAUGAAAACCAGAACGGGAAGCAGGAAAGCUUUUAGUUUAGAGGAAAAUCAGCUUGAGGUUCAACAGCAGGCCAAGAGUCUGAGCCGGCCGGUCCAGCUCAGGUCUCAAACUUUUGAUGUGGACAAGCCUUUAGAAAGGAGCGAGAGCCUCAACUCUAGAAGUAGUUUUAUAAAGCACAACAAAACAUUCCACAAACUUUUCCCAGAACUUCCUGAAACUGAAGAUUUACUACAUGCCUACAUCUGCGCCCUGCAGAAGGAGGUGCCUUAUCACGGCCGGCUGUAUAUCACCGACACCAACGUCUGCUUCUUUUCCUCUGUGCUGCUCAAGGACACGAAGGUGAUCGUCCCGGUCUGUAAUAUAAAUAUCCUAAAGAAGCAAAACACAGCGCUGCUUGUGCCAAACGCCAUUUCUAUCCGAACCACGGAGGGCGAGAAGUAUUUAUUUGUGUCUUUACGAAAUCGAGAAGGAUGCUACAAGCUGCUACGAUCAGUUUGCCCUCAGCUAGAGGAAGGAAGUGCCAACAGCAGCCCUCUCUUCUCCUCAGCCGAGAAUAGCUUUGAUCAAAGCAAACUGGUGCAGAACUCGAGCCAGUCCAGUUUAGACGAUUCGUACGAGGUGGAUGGAGGACUCGCUUCUCCCCAGCUAGAGAUUCCUAGACUCAGAGAAAAUGCCGUUGUUGGAACGCACUCUGCUACGAAAAGCAUCGUACAAGAGCCGGAUGACAGCUCUGCUGAUGAAUACACAGGAGGUUCGUGGGUUUGGAACGUGACAGGCCGAGCUCGAUCUCUCCUCAUUCAAAGAGAAGUCAGCAACCUCAAUACUCUGCUCCUCAUCUACUUGAUUCUAGUUGUUCUACUCCUCCUGUCUUCUGGUUAUAUCGGCUUGCGUAUCGUGGCCUUAGAGGAGCAGCUGAGUUCUCUUGGUGCCCUCCCUGAAUUCACCUUGCAUAGCGGGUACAAAGACACAUAGCUCUGCACCAGUGAGGCGGCACGAUCUCGGAAAUGUUCGGCUUUUGUGAAGGAACCACCAAAAAUAUCUAUCACUUUGGAUCUUGCGGUUGUUCGAGGAUCCCUUAUAUGCCCGCAGUGAAUGCUGGGAGAAAAUUUUAUAUGCACAUGCCACGGCCACCUUUGUUCCCAAAAUAAAAUGGAAGGCGUGAUCGUUCACAGAAAGGUGUCGGUUACAACAAGCAUGUCUUUACCUGCUGGUGGUAAACUUUGGGUUUCGGUUUGCCCUGCAACUGUCCGACCUAAGCAACCAAAGACAACCGGUUUGUCUCUGAACGGCAUGAAGGAUUCAGUUAUACCAUGGGAAAGCAUGAGGCCUUUCUGUGUUUCAUCUGAAGUGCACAGUUUUUGGUUGGACACAUUGGAGCUUUUACAACCAGCGAAACAGCGCCACCCUAGCAUAACCAAUGCCUUUAUUUACUUCAGUUUAUCCAAAUUUGCAUAUUUUGUUGACCUGCUCAUAUCUUCUUGUUUUGUGGUGGCUUUCGCUCUGUUCAUUAUAAGGGUUGCGAUUAUUACAAUUGGUU